CCGGGCCGCUUGUCUGGCCGGCGGAGGCUGAGCGCGACCUUCGCGAGCCGUGGCGCCCGCCGACCUGGGGCAAGCGGGACUCCUGGGACCCCGCUCUGCCCCGCGCUGCCGCUGCCUCCCUUCGUGACGGGGACGCUGGGGCGCGCGCCGCCGGGGCCGAGGCUCCCUUCCUCCCGGAGGGGAAGGAGCGGAGAAAGCCGAGCGGCUGCUCCCGGAGCAAGCGAGCCGAGGCCCCUGCCCGCGAGGCUCGGGGCUGGAGGAGGCGGAGGCGGAGGCGGAGGGAAGUGCGCGUCAUUCCCGGGAGGAGAGCGUUUCACCUCCAGGCAGAGAGAGGCUGCGGCUGCCAGUUGCAUAAAAGCGGCGGCGGCGGCGGUGGCGGGCGCGGGGCUCCCGGGGCUCUCUGGCAAUGGAGAGAAGAUCCGGACCCGGGGACGCUAGGAGCUCGGCUCCAUCUCUUUGGACCGCGGUGUAGGCACCUGGAGUAACCGACGCUAAGUGGGGGAGGGGAAGUGACAGUUUAUCAUGCAUGCCACUGAUUCCAGGGGACACUCCCCUGCUUUCCUCCAGCCUCAGAAUGGAAGCAGCCAUCGCUCGUCUGGCUACGUGCCAGGGAAGGUUGUGCCCCUGCGGCCCCCUCCUCCUCCAAAGAGCCAAGCUUCAGCCAAACUGACCUCCAUCAGACAGGAAGCCCGGGCCACCUUUGCUUUCUCCCCUGAAGAGCAGCAAGCCCAGAGAGAAAGCCAGAAGCAGAAGAGGCACAAAAAUACCUUCAUUUGCUUUGCUAUCACUAGUUUCUCAUUUUUUGUUGCACUCGCGGUCAUUUUAGGGAUCUCCUCAAAAUACGCUCCAGAUGAGAAUUGCCCAGAUCAGAACCCACGUCUCAGGAACUGGGAUCCAGGACAAGAUUCUGCAAAGCAAGUUGUUAUCAAGGAGGGAGAUAUGUUCCGUCUGACCUCGGAUGCCACGGUGAAUUCUAUAGUCAUUCAGGAUGGAGGAUUGCUUGUGUUUGGUGAUGAUAAAGAUGGAUCCAGAAAUAUUACUUUGAGGACUCGUUACAUCCUGAUCAAGGAUGGUGGGGCGCUUCAUAUUGGAGCAGAAAAAUGCCGCUAUAAAUCCAAAGCGACAAUUGCCUUGUAUGGCAAGUCAGAUGAAGGUGAAAGUAUGCCAACAUUUGGCAAAAAAUUUAUUGGUGUGGAAGCUGGUGGGACACUGGAGAUACACGGGGCACAGAAGGUCUCGUGGACGUUGUUGGCGAGAACUCUGCAUUCCUCAGGCUUGACCUUUGGGUCCUACGCCUUUGAAAAGGACUUUUCUAGGGGCCUCAACGUGAGGAUCAUUGACCAAGACACGGCCAAAAUUUUGGAAAGUGUGAGGUUUGAUACCCACGAAUACCACAAUGAGAGUAGACGACUGCAGGAAUUUCUGAGAAUACAGGACCCAGGCCGGAUUGUCGCCAUAGCCGUCGGAGAUUCGGCAGCCAAGAGCCUCUUACAAGGAACCAUACAAAUGAUCCAGGACCGGUUGGGAAGUAAGCUGAUCCAAGGACUGGGCUACAGGCAAGCGUGGGCUUUGGUUGGUGUCAUUGAUGGAGGAAGUACUUCUUGCAAUGAGUCUGUGAGAAACUAUGAAAAUCACAGCAGUGGAGGGAAGGCUCUUGCCCAAAGAGAAUUUUAUACUGUGGAUGGUCAGAAAUUCACCGUAACAGCUUAUAGUGAAUGGAUUGAAGGUGUUUCUCUUUCAGGUUUCCGGGUGGAGGUUGUGGAUGGAGUGAAGCUUCAUCUGCUGGAUGAUGUUAGUAGCUGGAAACCUGGAGACCAGAUCGUGGUUGCAAGCACAGACUAUUCUAUGUACCAAGCAGAGGAGUUUACUCUACUCCCCUGUCCUGAGUGCAAUCGCUUCCAGGUCAAAGUCAAAGAAACCCCUCAGUUCCUGCACAUGGGUGAGAUCACCGAUGGUGUAGACAUGAGAGCAGAGGUCGGAAUUCUCACCCGGAAUGUUGUAAUCCGAGGACAGAUGGAGGACUCAUGCUAUGCUGGAAACCAGUGCCAGUUCUUUGAUUAUGAUACCUUUGGGGGACAUGUCAUGAUAAAGAAGAAUUUCACUUCUGUCCAUCUUUCUUACGUGGAAUUGAAACACAUGGGUCAGCAGCAGCUGGGGCGGUAUCCUGUUCAUUUUCACCUGUGUGGAGACGUGGAUUACAAGGGGGGGUACAGACACGCGACAUUUGUGGAUGGCUUAUCUAUUCAUCACAGCUUCUCACGCUGCCUCACUGUGCAUGGGACACAUGGUCUGCUGAUUAAAGACACAAUCGGAUUUGACACACUGGGUCAUUGUUUCUUUUUGGAAGAUGGUGUCGAACAGAGAAAUACUUUGUUCCACAAUCUGGGCCUCCUCACCAAACCCGGCACCCUCCUCCCCACUGAUAGGAAUAACUCCAUGUGCACCACCAUGCGAGACAAAGUGUUCGGCAGUUACGUCCCUGUGCCUUCCACGGACUGCAUGGCUGUUUCAACUUUCUGGAUUGCUCAUCCCAACAAUAACCUGAUUAGUAAUGCAGCUGCAGGCUCGCAGGAUGCUGGAAUAUGGUAUUUAUUCCACAAGGAACCUACGGGAGAAUCCAGUGGAUUGCAGCUCUUAGCAAAACCAGAACUCACUCCGUUGGGUAUAUUUUAUAACAACAGGGUCCAUUCAAGUUUUAAGGCUGGCUUGUUUAUUGACAAAGGUGUCAAAACAACCAACGCUAGUGUGGCAGACCCAAGGGAGUACCUCUGUUUGGAUAACAGUGCAAGGUUUAGGCCUCAUCAGGAUGCAGACCCUGAAAAGCCACGUGUUGCUGCUUUAAUUGACAGGCUCAUUUCUUUUAAAAAUAAUGACAAUGGAGCUUGGGUCAGAGGGGGAGACAUUGUCGUUCAGAAUUCAGCAUUUGCAGAUAAUGGAAUAGGACUGACCUUUGCCAGCGAUGGAAGCUUCCCAAGUGAUGAAGGCUCUAGCCAGGAGGUGUCCGAAUCUCUCUUUGUUGGGGAGAGCAGGAAUUACGGCUUCCAGGGUGGUCAGAACAAGUAUGUGGGUACUGGAGGAAUAGACCAGAAGCCCCGGACCCUGCCUCGGAACAGGACGUUCCCUAUUAGAGGCUUUCAGAUUUAUGACGGACCCAUUCAUCUAACCAGGUGUACUUUCAAAAAAUACGUGCCCACCCCAGAUAGGUACACCAGUGCUAUUGGCUUCCUUGUGAAGAAUCCCUGGCAGAUAACUCCCAGGAAUAACAUCUCCCUCGUGAAGUUUGGUCCACAUGUGUCUUUGAAUGUCUUCUUUGGAAAGCCUGGCCCCUGGUUUGAAGAUUGUGAGCUGGAUGGUGAUAAGAACUCCAUAUUCCACGACAUUGAUGGCUCUGUGACGGGAUACAAGGAUGCUUAUGUGGGAAGAAUUGACAACUACCUGAUCCGCCACCCGAGCUGUGUGAACAUUACCAGAUGGAACGCAGUGGUCUGCAGCGGGAACUAUGCCCAGGUUUAUGUGCAGACAUGGAGCACUCAGAAUCUGACUAUGACCAUCACGCGAGAUGAGUAUCCCUCCUACCCUAUGGUGCUCCGGGGCAUUAACCAGAAGGCUACCUUUCCUCAGUACCAGCCUGUGAUCAUGCUGGAGAAGGGCUACACUAUCCACUGGAAUGGACCGGCACCAAGGACUGCUUUUCUAUACCUCGUAAACUUCAACAAGAAUGACUGGAUUCGAGUUGGCCUCUGCUAUCCAUCAAACACAAGUUUUCAGGUUACCUUUGGCUUUUUACAGCGCCAUAAUGGCUCAUUAUCCAAAAUGGAAGAAUAUGAGCCUGUGCAUUCACUGGAAGAAUUGCAGAGGAAGCAGUCUGAGAGGAAAUUCUAUUUUGACUCCAGCACGGGGUUGCUGUUUUUGUAUCUCAAAGCCAAAAGCUACAGGGAUGGCCACAGUUACUGUUCAUCUCAGGGAUGUGAAAGAGUCAAGAUCCAGGCAGCAACGGACUCAAAAGAUAUCAGUAACUGCAUGGCCAAAGCCUAUCCCCAGUAUUACAGGAAGCCGUCAGCACUCAAGCGCAUGCCCUCCAUGCUCACCAGGCUCUGUCAAGGCUGCGGGACCCGCCAGGUGGUGUUUACUAGUGAUCCUCAUAAAAGCUACCUCCCCGUGCAGUUCCAGUCACCCAGUAAAGCAGAGACUCAGCGUGGAGACCUGUCUAUUAUCUCUGUCAAUGGCACCGACUUUACCAUCCAAGACGCGGGCGUCCUUCUCCUUAUUGUGGAUGCCUGCAGCGUUCCCUUCCGGUUAAUGGAAAAAAAGAUUUUCUCUCCUGCUGAUAUCAGUCUCAUGGAAGAGUAUUUGAGAACAGGCAUCCCUCCAAGGUCAAUUGUUCUGUUGAGCACAAGAGGAGAAAUAAAGCAUUUAAAUAUUUCCGAUUCAUUAGUACCUCUGGGAUUAGCCAAACCAGCUCAUCUUUAUAACAAAGGGAGUACUAUAUUUUUGGGAUUCAGCGGAAAGUUUAAACCAUCAUGGGCUAAGCUGUUUACCAGUCCUGCUGGCCAGGGCCUUGGGCUGCUCGAACAAUUCCUACCUUUGCAGCUGGAUGAAUACGGUUGUCCCCGAGCCAGCAUUGUCCGCCGGAGAGAUCUGGAGCUGUUAAUGCAGACUGCAAAAGCACAUUAGGGACUCACUGUAACUUAAGUGCUGGGGGAAGAAAAAAAUGUGAACUAACUUAUUUAAUUUAUGGCAUUUUAAAGUGACACUGUUAACCCAAUGGAACCAUUUUCCUGUUUGAUAACAGAGAGGGGACGAAAGAAUUUAAAGGGAUGGCUUGAAUACCAGCUCACGCACCUUCUAGUUGUACAAAGUGUUGAAGAAUUUAUUUGUGUUUGUUAGGCUGGUAUAUUCGGAGAGCAUUUCUCCUGUCCCUCACCCGCCACUCCGUGUAUCUCUUAGUGACUCUCAGCAGCUUCAUCUUUUGUAGAACAGGAUGCCGUGGGGGUGUGGUGGGGGCCUCUGAGGGCCAGCCCGAGUCCUUGAGCGGACCAGCUCUUGUAUACGUUGGAUACUUGAAGUCCGAUGCCCGGUUGUGUCAUUGGCUUUGGGUAGCUGUUGACGGGUGGCUGGUGUGUUCAGCGAUGCCCUGGGCCCUGGAUCGGGGCCAGCAGCUUUGCGGAUUGUAUAGGAUGCUCAAUGACAGUCUUAACUGGCAACUCAGGCCCAGCUCAUGCCCUUUUUUUUUUGCCUGGGGCAUGUGCUAUUUUUAUUCAUUUGUACAUUGAUUCCUUCCCAGGGUCGAACUUUCACACAGAAAGCAUACUGGGACGAAAGGGCUUUAGGGAUUUGACAUCCCUUUAAACUUGCGCCCCCGGGGCAAAUAAUUUGAUCUGCACCGAGGUCUGAAGUUGUUGGGACCAUAUUUGCAGCUUUAAUCCUUAGCCUGUUUCGACGGUAUAUUUGUGUUUAAAAUGCAGAGCUGAGCUGAAUAUUUACAUUUUUUUAAAAAGAAGAAGGCCGUGUUCCUGAACUGUCCACUUGGGUCGUUUCAAGUGGCACAAAGGAAGUCUGUUCUUGGGGUGGCUCCUGUACCUGGGUUUCAUUGUUUUCAUGUGAUUUUUUUUUUUUUUUAAGCUUUCCUGCUCACCAUCCUGCCAGGAAAAUUACAGAAAGCUUAAUGAUACCCCAAAAUAUUGUACUUGGGGAGAAAAAAGGGAGAGCUUUUGAAGGGCCAGAAUCAUGGAGGGAGGGAUAUUCAGAAACAAUACUCUGGAGAGCCUUAGGGGAGUUGGUCACUCUUAAUUAAUUACAUUGCUAGAGCCAAUUACAAACAAAGUGCCACGAUGCGAGAUUUCCCUUCCCACUGGGUGCAUGUGUGUCCUGCCAGUGAGAAUUGCAUGUAGCAGAAAGAUUAGCUUCUCAGCCAGGGAUGACACCACACCAAGGGGAAAGAAGGCUCAAAAAAUGCUUUUGCCCUUUCCCAAACCUGCAAUACAUGGAGUGUUUGAAGACAUGGCCGUGGCGAGAGGGUAGGAAGUGAGUUCAGGCUGACUUGUAGUGAAUAUGGGCAAAUUCACUCUCCUCUACCAAGAGCAAAGGCUGAGGGCCUGUCCCUUGGCACGCAGGAGAAACUGCAGAGCAGGUCUGAGACUUCUGUUACUUUACAAAAUAUGCUACCUCAAAAUGCUACCGAUAAACCAUUCUAACUCUUAAGUGCUCUUGCUAAGGGCAUGUGUCUUAAAGUUGAGGGUUGUUGUUGUUUUUUUCUUUUGUAUAUUGAUGAACGAGAUCUUACCUAUUAAAUAUAUUAUUGGAUCAUGGUUCCUGAAGGUGAUUAAAGUUUGUGUGUGCGUGUGUGUUUUUUUAUGACUUAAAUAUCUUUGAUGUGUGUUUUUUAGAGUUUGGUUCUUUAAAGAUUUGGAGAGGCAAUGUAAGUUCCGAGGCACUCAGUUUUUCUGAUUUGUAUGCUAAUUGUCAGGGCCUAAGUUAAAUAAAUAAAAAUAUGUGUGCAUGUAUUUUUUA